AUGGCAGAGGAAAAUAAGGACGUCUCAAUGCUGGACGUGAGAGAUGCUUCUAAGGAUGAUGGUUCACCUUAUGAGGGCACGGAUAGCUCCCUGAGUCAUUCGUUAUCACAAAUGAAUAUUGAUGAGGGUGAGGAACUGGGGAGCCAAAGGCCUCAAAUGGCUAGACGCAAAUCUACCUUGAUUUUCAAUGAUGAUGAGGAUGAGAUUCCACCCUAUUCGCACCACCAGGAGCAUUCCGAAGAGAGCCAAACAAAUUCUGGAGAUGAAAGAGAAACUUCUAUCGGAACUAGUAGCUCAAGUCUGAAUAGUGACAGGCGAGAAGCUGGUGAGGCUGACAGUGGGAAUGGAGCCUCACCUUUGGUGACUGUGGAUCACGGUGAGAGUGAAGGUACAACUCAAGCUCAUGGAGAAGGGUCUGGUCAGGAUUCAAUGGUUCCAGUAGAUAUUACGUGGCAGCAAGGUGGUGAGAAAGUUUAUGUGACUGGUUCCUUCACUGGUUGGAGAAAGAUGAUCGGGCUGGUUCCAGUUCCUGGACACCCUGAUUUAUUACACGUUAAAUUACAACUACCAGUUGGAACGCACAGAUUUAGGUUUAUUGUCGACAAUGAAUUGAGAUUUAGUGACUAUUUACCUACCGCUACGGAUCAGAUGGGUAACUUUGUUAACUAUCUGGAAGUAAUAGCACCACCAUCGCAAGAAAAACCCCAGACGAAGGACAAACAACGUGAUAAUGAGAACAAGAAUGAUGUAGCAAGGCGUAAAACGACGGAUCCAGUGAGUGCGAGAUCUCGAAUCGCACUGGAGAUCGAAAAGGAACCGGAUGAGAUCGGGAACGGUUUCACUCGUUUUCGUGAAGAACUGACUUUGGGGCCAUCGUUAGAGUAUACUCAGGAUAUACCGGCUGUCUUCACAGAUCCUACAGUGAUGGAGCAGUACUACCUAACUCUCGAUCAGCAGCAAAAUAAUCAUCAAAAUAUGGCUUGGCUCACUCCACCACAACUCCCACCACAUUUGGAAAACGUCCCGCUGAAUAGUUACACAAACUCCCAAAAUGAUAGCAAUGAGAACAACUCUGGUGCGCUGCCCAUUCCCAAUCACGUCGUCCUGAACCAUCUGGCUACCAGCAGCAUCAAGCAUAACACCCUGUGCGUCGCCUCAAUCGUCAGAUAUAAGAGAAAGUACGUGACCCAGAUCCUAUAUGCCCCAUUGCAAUAA